AAUUCUUAUUUCGCUUUCCGAGACCACUCGUUCAUUUCCGUCUACUAGUAAUGCGCGCACAUCCGCUUCAUCUUAUCUCGUCUUUGGAUCGACCGAAAAAAUGUUCUGAUUGUUGACAGGCAUGUUCAUGAUGACAAGCAAGUAAUCAUUGCUGCUACAAUCCAUAUUUCCAUCAACUAAGCACAAUCGGAAAACAUAACCUAUACUCUCAAGGUCACAGCGAAAUGAAAACAAAGUCAUAUGCAUUCAAUUUUCCUGUUUCUACCGCAAAGGAAUUAAGCAAUGGUAUGGAGAGGAUUAUAUUUAAAGUGUGAAAUACAACAUCUCGCAUAUUUUGUGAAAAUAAUGGUUGAAUGUGUUGUGAAAUAUGAUUUUGUCUUUUGUCUUGAACCAAGCGAGCUUUAUGUUGCUUCUACCUGCUUCGUCUCUGUGAUUGGUUUGGCAAAUUGGAACUGGUUUUGAGUAGGAAUUGAUUUAACCGAUUAAUCUAGUUCCGUCGGCUCGCUGUAUUCCGACUGAUCUAAGCAAACACACACAGCAGGUAUUUCCGAAGGUCGCCCACAUAAAAACACAGCGUUAGCUGCUAGCAUUCAUUUAGGGAAACAAUGUUGACGACAAAAAGUUCAACUAAUUCGCCCUUUAAGCCUAAGGAAUUGAAGAUACACAACGAUUUUGAGUCAAAAUAUACCUACGUGAACUACGUGAACGCCGGCACAUUUGGGAAAGUGUACAAAUGCUGUAAAAAAGGUGAAGAGAGAGCAGAAUAUGCUGUGAAAAUACAAGAAGUCUCUUUUCAAGAUAAUUUCGAGGAUAGUUCGUACAUACGAGCAUUAACCGAGGCAAAGGUUUGGAAUGGUUUGGAACAUCUAAAUAUCGCGAAACUUUUCGAAUGCUUCUUGCAAAACGACCGAUUUUUUUUCGUCAUGGAGUUGGUACCAGGAAAUAACCUUUUCGAUGAGAUAUUGAAAAAAUCAACUUAUACUGAGACAAACGCUUGUCUGUACAUCAAACAGAUUCUUAGUGCGCUGGCUUAUUUGCAUGUGAAUAAAAUCAUCCAUCGUGACGUGAAACCAGAUAAUAUUAUGUUGUAUCAGAAGGAAAUGAGUAGCGUUGUGAAACUCGUCGAUUUUGGUCUUGCGAGAAGACUUGAAAAUGGAAAGAAUCGCAUGGAAUGUGCUCCUAGCGGAGCCCCGUUGUACUUAGCGCCAGAGACGAUCAUGGAAGUAGCGCUUGGGUAUCCUGUAGACGUUUGGUCGUGUGGAGUAAUCAUGUACAUUCUUCUUUAUGGAUCGCCUCCGUUUUGGUCCGAAGAUACGAACAAACUUUUUUUAGCAAUCAUCGGCUCUGAAGUUGAUUUUCUUGGCACGGACGAAAAAGAGCCUGUAUCAUUUUUAGCCAAUGACCUCAUUCAAGAGAUGUUGGUGAAGAAUCAGAAUGAUCGUAUUACAGCAAGCGACGCUCUGGACCACCCGUGGAUAACACAAUCACGAGGUCUUAAACUCUCGCGAGAGCACAGACGAAGCACUUUGGAACGAUUAUCAAACUUUCGUAGAUCAACCUCAGUCAUUGAACUUCAACAACGUUUCAAUGGAAUGAAAGUUGAGGGGAAUUUAAGCGGUGAAAAAACACGAAAAGGUCAAUUUUUGGAUUUUCCCGGCUAUAGCUAGACUUUAGUUCAGUGAAAACACGUUGAUCCAUUGUAAUUGUAGUAGAAUAAGUGGAUGUAGACAAUUUUGGAAGAUAGCUACAACUGAUAAGUCAACUUUUCCAUGUAAAAGUUAUAAUAAUGU